CAUUUGCUUCUGGAGCAAUUGCAACGGCUGCCGGUGUUGGAUAUGUCUUCGGUCGUCCAGCCAAGAAAAAAAGAAAUUCCUCAAGAUUAUCAACAUUAUCAACGCAUUCAAUGUCCAAUAUUUCAACUUCGUCAAAAAGUCCAUUUAAACGAUUUAAAUUAUUUCUUUCAAAACAUAAACAUCUUUCCCCUACAAAAAACAUUUUACAUUCGACUACUAUACAUCCUUUAAUGGUUCAUGUUGAUAAUCUUGUAGAUGAUGAUGCUUCUUCUACUUAUUCUGAUGUCACAAGUGUAUAUACCAUUGAUCGUAAAAUAAGUUCUACUCCAAAUAUACCUGGGGUUUUAGCUCAAGCUUUUGAUAGUUCUUCUGCAGUUGGUUCUUUCAAUCCUAGAGCAAGGUCUUCCUUACCAUCUUUACCAAUAUCCGUAACUCCUCCUCCAAAGUAUCGACAUAAUCGUUCAAAUUCUUUACCUCCAACUGCUUUUUCACCAACUGCUUUUUCAAAAAGUUUUUAUCGACAACCUACUCCAAGUGAAAGUUGGGAUGAUGACUUUGACUUGGAAGACGAUGAAAUAAAUGUUCCUAAUUCCGUUGAACAAGCUCAAUUCUCUUUAAGGAUGGAUAUUACCAAUAUCCGGGAUUUCGUUUCUCAAAUUGAAGAUUUAGAAUCUCGAUUUAAACAAGAUUGGGAAGAAGCAGCGGUUAUAAUUGAUCUUUCUGACGUGGCAAAAGAUAGGCAACCAACAUUUGACGGUGGAAAAAGAGUCGCAGUUGAUAUUGAAAAAAUACCUUCUGAGAGACAUAUGCAAGUAUUAAAAAAGAUUAUGGCAGACGAAUUAGGUGAAGAAAAUGUUAAUGACAUAAUUAUGGAUGAUGAUAAAGAAAAUCGUUAUGAUAGUGAUCACUCAGAUUCGACUUCUAGUAGUGGUCAUAAUCCAAAAAAACAAAAAUUAGCCGAUGGAAAGAGUAUUGUUAAUCAUGGAAAGUCAAAACGAAGAGAAAAUUUUAGAAUAAGUGUUGAAAUAAUGCCAAGUUUGAUUGAUCAUCUAAAAAAAUUACAGGACAGAUUAUCUGAACAUGUAGAUAAACUAGGUGCCUUGGCAUGUUGA